CAGCCAGUCUACAGCAGCCACCAUUCCUACAUAACCUUCCCCUUCGUUCAUCGAUUAGCCAUAACCUACGGCGAGGAAGCUGGGGCUAGAGGAGAUAGCGUAGGUAUUCGAGUGAGGGGAGAGUGAGAACACUUAAGUGUGGAGGAAAACUGGAAUGGAAGAAAGUGCCCCACUCCUUUCUAAGCACUCCUUCACACCGGCAUAUCAUAGCACAGCAAUGCUCGCGUACAAUACAGCAUAAAAGAAGGAAGGCAGGAGGAGUAAGAUGCUUGCUUUCUUUGGUAUGAUACAUGCAAAGUGCCCAAACAACUACACUGCUUUUACUUACAACCAACCGUCAUCGCCCUAUUCAUACUUCUUGCGCAUCAAUCAGGCCAGUACUGUACUUGCUACCGGUAUUUACUUGCUUGAUUGCUGGCUGCCCACAAACAGCAUACGCCCGCAGCCCGGCUAUCUCUCUAACUGCCGUGAGCGUUUGUUAUUUCGUUUUUUCUUUUCUUUUCUUUUCUUCAUUUUCAGAUUUGUAUCCAUUCCGGUUUGCCUGUUGCACCCGCUUCAAACGCGUUUUGUUUUCUUCUCUUGACCUCCUCUUCCUUCCCCUCCACCCCCCCGGCCCUUUUUCCUGGUUUGCCCUCCUCUAUCCCAAUUUCCAGAUUUUCUCUUUUGUGGGGAGAAAAGAAAAGAAAAAACCUCUCUCCACCUAGUAGCCGAGUUGCCGCUCGGAGUUCUCACUGUAUCAUCCCGUUUAACUUCACCCUUGGUUCACUUGCCUUUCCGUCCAUCUGUCGUUUCAAUAUAACCAUAGGGAAGGAAAGAGAGGGGAGGAAGUGGAGCCCGGCAGCUUACGGGUUUCUGAUUACAGCUUUGUCCUGUCGCUGCUCUUACAGUUCGGAAACUAAAGGAUCCAAUAUCGGAAGUGUGGUAGUGGCACGGCGGCUAACUGAGAUCAAGAGGCAGAAGGAAAGGAAGAAAGAAAAGGAAUUAGGGAGAGUGAAGAUUGAAAGAAGGAAAGCAGAGAGAGCAAGAGAAACGGAAAGACGGGAAAAGGGAAGAAAAGAAAAGAAAGAGUGGGCAUACGGUACUGAAUUCGAAAGCAAAAAGAAAGAGGUCAAAUCAAGGUGGCAGAGUCACGCUCAGGGCACGAUACCGCGAGCGAAGCCUGGAGAACACUGUUUUUUUGGAAACACACAAGACACGGGACAUUGUUGCCAAACUUUGUGACGAUAUCGCUGCACCGAUUCGCGCGAUUGAUCGAUAAUAAAGCUUCCGUGUUUCUCGACAAUUAGAUUCAAGGCAACGGAAGGAUUUUCACCACUAUCUCUAACCCAUUGGGUUUCUUGAGCCUGCGACUCCUGCCUAUCUCGAUCGCUUCUCUUCCCCCUCAUCACACAGGCGGCUCGAAUAACGCAAAAUAUAUAACCCACCAUUCCGCAGUCUAAUCCUCCAAAACUGCAGUUAUCAUAACUUAUAGAUCAUCAAUCCUAAGGCAGAGCACUUCCCGUCGACUAUCUCCCCACCGUCCACCGUCGCCGAGAUAAAAAAAAAAAAAAA